AAUGCAAACCAUAGGAGAAAACAUAAACACCUUUUUUUUUUGGCGAGAAAACAUAAACACCUUCGUCCUGGUCGGACGCAGCGGCCACAUCUCCGCUACUUCCUCUCCGCCAUCUACUUAAGAUCUUCAAAGGUUUUUCUUGCGAUAAGGAACUGCAAAGAACCAGGAGAAACAUGGCGCUGGAUCGUGGGCGCAGCCGUUCCUGAGUCGAGGCGUAUCUUUAUGUGCAGAAGAUGCCGACGCUGAGCAUCACGGUGGACAUGGGGUGCAGCCGCUGCAGUGCCAAGAUCCAGAGGGUCCUGUCCUCCAUCCAGGACCGAGGCAAGUUUGUCAUCGAGAAGAUCGUGUACGAAGAUAACAGGGUGCUCGUGUCGGGGCCCUUCGACGCCGACAAGCUGACAUGCAAGCUCUGGUGCAAGGCCAGCAACGUCAUCAAGAACAUUGAGGUCGUCAAGCCGCCGGUGGUAGCCAAGCCGAAGGACGACCCUCCCAAGCCCAAGAAAAAAGAGGAGAAGCCCGAGACCAAGCCAGCCCCGUGCAACCAGCUGGUGCCGUACGCGUACCCGUACCCGCUGCCGUACCCAUCGGCGUGGCCGUGUGGCUGCGGUACGUCGUGCUGCGAGGGCCACUCCAAGCCACCUCCUCCGGCGCCGGCGCCCACGUGCCAGUGCCACUCCUACCCGCCGUACCAGCAGCCGAUGCCCAUGCCGUGCACGCCGAUGGUCAUCUGCGAGGAGAGCCCGCCCGCCUGCGCCGUCAUGUAACUGCGUGUACGUCCCUGCUGGACGGUGUACACCACCUCUUUGAAGCCUCCAUGUAUCCAGUCCAUGAGUGAUUUGUUUGUAAUUCUUUCAACAUAUUUCCUUAAACGUCUUCGAGCUUAAUGCUGUCUGUCGAAUAAGUGAGCGUUGUAUAUAUGUUGCUUAAGGAAUCAGGAAGUCCCAAGCAGCCUAGAGCAA